CCAGACCGAACAGGGGCAAUAACACGCACAGUGCAAUCGCAUCGCUGGAAACAUCGGAUAACCCUCGUUAUACCCUUCGUUAUAAGGGCCACCAUGAGGAGGCGUGUGUGUCCUGUUCCUGUGCUGGCUUUGGCUCUGGCGGCCCUGCUGCUGACGGACCCAACAUGGGCCUGGGGGAAAAAGAGCUCCUCCUCCAAAAGCAAAACCUCUUCCUCCUCCUCCUCCUCCUCGUCCAAGAAACACGUGUCCACCUCGCCUAGGACAAAAACCCAGCCCAGUUACCCCCGACAGCCGAGCCAAGGGCAGCCCAACGCCAAGCCCCCGAGCUACCCCAACCAACCGCAACCGGGCGCCGGUAGAAACCCCAACCAACAGCCGUAUCCUGGCGGAGGAAGCUACCCCAACCAACAGCAACCGGGCGCUGGUGGGUACCCUAAUCAACAGUAUCCUGGCGCUGGUAGAAACCCAAACCAACAGUAUCCUGCCGCAGGAGGCUACCCUAACCAACAGUAUCCUGGCGCUGGUAGAAACCCAAACCAACAGCAACCGGGCUAUGGCGGGUACCCAAACCAACAGCAACCGGGCUAUGGCGGGUACCCAAACCAACAGCAACCGGGCUAUGGCGGGUACCCAAACCAACGAUAUCCUGCAGCAGGGGGUUAUGGCGCUGGGGGCGGCUAUGGGGGUGGGUAUGGGGGAGGUUAUGCGGGCGGGGCUGGCGGGUACCCCAACAAUAAGGUCAUGAGCCCCGGCUACGGAGGAGCCUACGGAGGAGGAGGCUACGGGGGAGGAGGCUACGGGGGCGGGGGAGGGUACGGGGGCAGAGGAGGCUCUCCGUUCUCCCACUCGGUGCAGAACAUGGGCUACAACCCCAACCAGGCGUCCACAGGCUUCGCCAAGAAGGCCAUGCUGGCGGCGGGCGUCGGGGCGGUGGCCGGCAUGGCGGUGGGCUACGGGAUCGGACGCUUCCCCCGGCCCAACUUCGGCUUCCGCAGUCCCAUGGAGGAGCAGAACUACAACCGGCAGAUGCAGACGCGCUACGGCGAGCGCUCCACCGACGACAACGACUACCGCGACUACGUCUACAAACCCCCGCCCAAGGGCUCCAACGCCGCCAAGAGCUUCCAGUCCUACGACCAGUUCAUGGACGGUUGCAUGAAGCGCCAAGACCUCCUCUCGCAGGGGACCGGCGGCUCCAACGGCACCCCGGACAUGAGCAAUGUACAGAACGACCAACCCCCAGACACUGUGCCGGACAUGAGCAACCUACAGAACGAUCGGCCGCCAAGCACCUACGAGGCUGAAAAAGGUUCCGACCCGAGCGACAAGCAGCCACAGCCUGACCCAGCAGCAGCAGCAGCAGCAGCAGCGGUAGUAGAAGAUGGCGAUGUGAAGGCAAACACCUCCCUGGGCGGCGCAACCGGCGCGGAGAAGAAGAACGUCACCGCGGUGCCCGAGGCGGGCGAGGCGGACGCCGCCCCGGCGGUGAGGAGGAGGCGCAGGCGUGGCGCCGCAGACGGCGACGGCGACGGCGACACCGUGAGCAUCGUGGACAUCGGCUACCCCGCGCUGAUCGACCAGCUCAAGUCCCGCCGCUGCAUGGAACUCUACGUGGCGUACUCGGAGCAGUUCCUGCAGAAGCAGCAGGCGCAGACCCAGGACCCGGAUCAGAACCACGGCGACACCAGCGGACGGCCUCUGGCUCUGCUUCUGACCACGUCCGUCAUGCUGCUCUGUAGCAAUGUCUUACUGCAGUGAGGGAAGCCUGUGUGUGUGUGUUUGUGUGUGGGUGUGUUUGUGUGUGUGUGUUUGUGUGUGUGUGUGUGUGU